GGCUCUGCUCUGAUAUGAGGAUCCGUGUGUGUGUGAGUGUGAGUGUGUGAUAUGAGGGUGAUGAUUUCUCUUUCUCUCUGCCGCUGUCUCACAGGAGUCCUGCAGCCCAAGAGAAGCCCAAACGUGCUGCAGUUGGAAAGAAAGGACAGUCAGGGCAGCUCUCAGCACAGCAUAUGCAGUCACCGCAGCACACACACCAACUCGCCCGGCCGACCACAGCCCAUCGUGCCCACUGACACCCUGGGGGGCCCUCCGCCCGUGCCGCCUCCUCCCACCCAGCCGCUGCCCGUCCUGCCCGCCUUUGACACCUCUGCAGCCAAUGGGACGCUCCAGAAGAAACCGGACCCCUUCAAGAUCUGGGCGCAGUCCAGGAGCAUGUACGAGAGCCGGGUACCAGACUCUCAAGAACAAGACAUUUUCCUCUGGAGGAAAGACACAGGCUUUGGCUUCCGGAUCCUGGGGGGAAAUGAACCCGGAGAACCGAUUUACAUUGGGCAUAUAGUGAAGUACGGCUCAGCGGAUGAGGACGGCCGUCUGCGCUCCGGAGACGAGCUCAUCUGUGUCGAUGGCACGGCAGUAGUGGGAAAGUCUCAUCAGCUGGUGGUGCAGCUCAUGCAGCAGGCGGCUAAACAGGGUCACGUCAACCUCACUGUCCACCGCAAAAACGCUUACGGAGUGUAUAAGGGUGAGGCAGACGUGCCACCGUCCCCGGCCUCCUCUCACCACAGCAGCACGCAGGCGCCGUCGCUGACGGAGGAGAAGCGCACGCCACAGGGCAGCCAGAACUCGCUCAACACCGUCAGCUCGGGCUCCGGCAGCACCAGCGGCAUUGGCAGUGGCGGAGGCGGCGGCAGCGGGAGCACCGUGGUCAACAUGACGCCCGCCACCCUGCAGCCCUACGACGUGGAGAUCCAGCGCGCAGAGAACGAGGGCUUCGGCUUCGUCAUCGUGUCGUCCGUGUCACGGCCUGACGCCGGCUCCACCUUCGCGGGGAACACGGCCAUGCCACAUAAAAUAGGCCGGAUCAUCGAGUGCAGUCCGGCUGACCGCUGCGGGAAGCUGAAGGUGGGUGAUCGGAUCCUGGCGGUCAACGGCUGCUCCAUCACCAACAAAUCGCACUCGGACAUCGUCAACCUCAUCAAAGAGGCCGGCAACGCCGUCUCGCUGCGCAUCAUACCCGGAGACGAGACGUCAAACGCAUCGCUACUGACCAACGCAGAGAAGAUCGCCACCAUCACCACUACACACACACCUCAGAGCAGCACAGAGCCCAGCAGGAAUAACAAACCCAAUCAAGCUCUGACCCAACCAGCAACCUACAGUCAGGAGGCAGAGUAUUACUCGGUUGAUCUGGAGAGGGAGAGUAAAGGUUUCGGCUUCAGUCUGAGAGGCGGUAAGGAGUACAACAUGGAUCUGUAUGUGCUGCGAUUAGCGGAGGAUGGAGCCGCUGUCAAAAACGCCAAGAUGACGGAGGCAGAGUAUUACUCGGUUGAUCUGGAGAGGGAGAGUAAAGGUUUCGGCUUCAGUCUGAGAGGCGGUAAGGAGUACAACAUGGAUCUGUAUGUGCUGCGAUUAGCGGAGGAUGGAGCCGCUGUCAAAAACGCCAAGAUGAGGGUUGGUGAUGAAAUACUGGAGAUCAAUGGUGAAAGUACGAAAAAUAUGAAGCAUUCUCGCGCCAUCGAGCUGAUCAAGACAGGAGGCAGACGAGCUCGACUGGUGCUGAAGAGAGGAGAUGGAUCCGUCCCAGAGUAUGACGGCCCAAAUGACAGCUACCCUCCCUCACCCAGGCCACAAAAUAAUUCGAAAGUGAGGGCCUUGCUGGCCAGCGGCCCCUUUCAUCAUCCGUACGAGUCCAGCUAUACAUCAGAGUAUCACACACCAUCCCAGCCCCAGCAGCAGCAACCGAAAGACAGGCAACAUGAUCCGGCGAGAGAACGAGAGAGGGACAGCAGAACAGGGCUGUAUUCCAGCGCUCCACACCAGCCUUCCUGGAACAACCGUCCCAGCCCCUCGCCAUCCCCUGACAGCAGCAAAAACAACUCCCACCGCAAGGUCAAGAAGUCAGAGUCGGAGAGCAGCAUUGCCAAGCUCUUCAAAACGCUGAGGAAAGAGGGUGGAUUUGGGAGGAAAAACUCCAACCAGGACCUCCUGAGGCGAGGCCGCAAACCCUCCGUAGACACACAGAGUAGCGCGGGGUCUCAGGUGCGCAGCGGGUCCUUGGAUCGCUCCUCCACCCGGAAGCGCAACACCUCUCCAGACUGCCACAGGGCCAAGUCUGUGGACCGGCGAACGACACGCUCAUAUAAAGAUCAGUCCCCUGAGCGAAGCUAUCAAGACUCUUCCCAGGACCUGCUGUGCCAGAUCUCCACUCCAGAAAGGCUUGUCCGGCCCCAGAAAGAGCCCCAAAGUCCCCGCAGGAACUACAGCAAAGAGGGCUACUUCACAUCCACCCCUGAGCGAUCCCACAAACCCACGGCUCACGCUCUCGCUCGCACACCUGAACGUGACCUAAAGAACAGGAACGUUCUGCUCAACAGUUCUCCGUCCAGUCAAGCUGAGAGACAGGGAUACUUCAUCAACGGAGCCCCAGAAAGAUGCUUCCACAGGAGAUCGGACAGCAGCAGUGACGGAAGUUACUUGGAAGAGGGCGCUGCUCCACAGCUUAGGGAUUAUUACAACGCACUGAAAGCCAGCGGUGCGAACGGGAGCGGCGUGGACCUCGGCCUCGUUCAGAGCUCUCCGAGCAAGAGAAGACAUUACAAGGAGAACCACGCAGACCUCCGCAUCUGAGCUCCACAGGGCUGAGCUUCACCACAGCGGAACAAGGCUCCUUUCUCUAGUUUGUUUUGAUAGGUUGUGUUGCGAGUGAGAUCCAUGUUUUGUUAAAAGACAGACUUUUCUUUUUUUUUUU